GGGCGCAAUAACCGCGUAUGUUCGGGAAGCUCAUAAACACCGUGUUUACAGUAAUAAAGAUACAGUCAGUAGAGGGACCUUGGACACUUUCGUGCUAUUUCCCAUUGUACUUAUUACGAAGCACUACUGAAAUUAUUCUUUCUUUAUAUAUUUCUUACGAAUACAAAAUACAGAAGUUAAAUUUUUUACUAAGAUUUUUUAAAUUAAAAUAUUAUCUAAAGAUUUUUUUUUUUUUUUUUUCCCCCGAAAACGAGAAAACAGGAGGAUAUUUCGGCCUGGUGCGAGAACGAGGACGACGACGACGACGACGAGGAGGCGGACGGGUGUUGAAAGCGCCGAUCGACCCCGUCACGGAACCCGGAGCGCGCAGCGCGCACCCGGGGGCGGGACGGCACCGGAGCCGCAGCAUCGCCAUGUCCGUGAGCCUGGACAAGGAGGCCUAUUACCGCCGGAUCAAGCGCCUGUACGCAAACUGGAAGAAAGGGGAAGAUGAGUUCGGCAAGGUGGACGCCAUGGUUGUGUCGGUGGGAGUGGACGAGGAGAUUGUGUAUGCCAAGUCCACAGCCCUGCAGACAUGGCUCUUUGGAUAUGAGCUCACUGACACCAUCAUGGUUUUCUGCGAGAGCCAGAUCCUCUUCCUCGCCAGCAAGAAGAAGGUAGAGUUCCUGAAGCAGGUGGCCGUCACCAAGGGCAAUGAGAAUGCCAACGGCGUCCCCCCCAUCAUUCUACUGCUCCGCGAGAAGAAUGAAAGCAACAAGGCCAACUUUGAGAAGAUGCUGGAAGCGAUUCGAGGCAGCAGAGAGGGUAAAUCUGUGGGAGUCUUCAUCAAGGACAGGUUUCCUGGGGACUACAUGAAGAGCUGGAGUGAUAUGAUCACCGCUGAGGGUCUGGAAAGGGUGGAUGUCAGUGCGGCAGUGGCUUACACCAUGGCAGUGAAGGAGGAUGGAGAGCUGGCCCUCAUGAGAAAGGCUGCCGGCAUCACCAGUGAGGUCUUUACCAAGUUCUUUAAGGAGCGAGUGAUGGAGAUUGUGGAUGCAGAUGAGAAAGUCCGUCACAGCAAAUUGGCAGAGUCGGUGGAGAAAGCCAUUGAGGAAAAGAAGUACCUGGGUGGUGUAGAUUCCUCCGCUGUGGAGAUGUGUUACCCUCCCAUCAUCCAGAGUGGUGGCAACUACAACCUUAAAUUCAGUGUGGUCAGUGACAAGAACCACAUGCACUUUGGGGCGAUCACGUGUGCCAUGGGAGUCAGGUACAAGUCAUACUGCUCCAACCUGGUGCGAACGCUCAUGGUAGAUCCACCCCAGGAGAUGCAGGACAACUACAACUUCCUCCUGCAGGUUGAAGAGACACUGCUGAAGGAGUUGAAGCACGGGGUGAAGCUGUGUGAUGCAUACAAUACCGCAGUUGACUUUGUGAAGAAGGAGAAACCUGACCUGGUGGCAAAGUUCACGAAGACCCUUGGGUUUGCAAUGGGGAUUGAGUUCCGCGAAGGAGCCCUCGUCCUCAACAGCAAGAACCAGUACAAGCUUAAGAAGGGCAUGGUGUUCAGUGUUAGCCUGGGAUUUUCUGACCUCAUCAACAAGGAGGGGAAGAAGGAGGAGCAGAAGAAAUAUGCCUUGUUCAUUGGUGACACCGUGCAGGUCAAUGAGGAACAAGCUGCCACCAUUCUCACUCCUGUCAAGAAGAAAGUCAAGAAUGUCGGCAUCUUCCUAAAGAAUGACGAGGAGGACGAGGAGGAAGUAGACGAUGCGGAAAAGCUUUUGGAUUGCGGGACACGGGGGGCUGCCCUGCUAGCCGAUCGAACGAGAAAUGAGAUGACUGCCGAGGAGAAGAGGCGGGCCCACCAGAAGGAACUAGCCAAUCAGGUGAAUGAGGAGGCCAAGCGACGCCUGACGGAACAGAAGGGAGGGCAGCAGAUACAGAAACCUCGGAAGUCCAACGUGUCUUACAAGAACAUAUCCCAGAUGCCCCAAGAAAAGGAGAUUCAAGAGAUGAAGCUCUUCAUUGACAAGAAGUACGAGACUGUGGUCAUGCCCAUUUUCGGCAUCGCCACACCGUUUCAUGUUGCCACCAUUAAGAACAUCAGCAUGUCAGUCGAGGGAGAUUACACAUAUCUGCGGAUCAAUUUCUACGUCCCAGGAAGCUCCCUGGGCCGCCACGAGGGCAACGUCUUCCCCAAUCCAGACGCUACCUUCGUCAAGGAGAUAACAUACCGUGCCUCGAAUCUGAAGACCCCCGGUGACCAUUCGGUGCCAUCCACCAACCUCCAGAAUGCCUUCCGCAUCAUCAAGGAGGUGCAGAAACGUUACAAGACGCGUGAGGCUGAGGAGAAGGAGAAGGAGGGCAUUGUCAAGCAGGACUCGUUGGUCGUCAACCUGAACCGCAGCAAUCCUAAGCUCAAGGACCUGUACAUCAGGCCCAAUAUUGCUCAGAAGAGGAUGCAAGGCUCACUGGAGGCACACACUAAUGGGUUUCGCUUCACUUCGGUACGUGGUGACAAGGUGGACAUCCUGUACAACAACAUCAAACAUGCCAUCUUCCAGCCCUGUGAUGGCGAGAUGAUCAUCGUGCUGCACUUCCAUCUCAAGAAUGCCAUCAUGUUCGGGAAGAAGCGGCACACGGACGUGCAGUUCUACACCGAGGUGGGCGAGAUCACCACAGACCUGGGCAAGCACCAGCACAUGCACGACCGGGACGACCUUUAUGCUGAGCAGAUGGAACGGGAGAUGAGGCACAAAUUGAAGUCAGCUUUCAAGAACUUCAUUGAGAAGGUGGAGAACCUCACCAAGGAGGGCCUGGAAUUCGAAUUGCCGUUCAGAGACUUAGGGUUCCAGGGCGCCCCCUACAGGAGCACAUGUCUGCUGCAGCCCACCUCCAGCUCCCUGUGCAACGUCACCGAAUGGCCGCCGUUCGUCGUGACCCUGGACGAGGUGGAGCUCGUUCAUUUUGAGCGCGUGCAGUUCCACCUGAAGAACUUUGACAUGGUAAUCGUCUACAAGGACUACAGCAAGAAGGUGACCGUGAUCAACGCCGUGCCUGUGAACUCGCUCGACCCGAUUAAGGAGUGGCUCAAUUCCUGUGAUAUCAAGUACAAUGAGGGAGUACAGUCCCUGAACUGGACCAAGAUCAUGAAGACCAUCGUGGAUGAUCCCGAAGGUUUCUUUGAGCAGGGAGGGUGGUCCUUCCUGGAGCCGGAGGGUGAGGGGAGUGGCGAGGACGGGGAGGACUCCGAAUCUGAGAUGGAGGACGAGACGUUCAACCCGUCUGCGGAGGAGGAUGAUGGGGACGAGGACGACAGCGAUGAGGAUUAUUCGUCUGAAACAGAGGACUCGGACUACAGUGCAUCUCUGGGCAGUGAGGAAGAGAGUGGAAAAGACUGGGAUGAGCUUGAGGAAGAGGCUCGGAAGGCGGACAGAGAGAGUCAUUAUGACGAAGCGGAUGAGGGCACUCGGAAGAGGAAGGGCCGGGCGUCAGCAGCGCCACCCAGCAGCAAGAAGAAGAGACGACGUUAGAUGCGAGGGGCUCGUUCUUCAUGUACUUUCACAUUUUGCCCUCACAAGGAAGCAUGGGACUGGCGACGUGUGCAGAAUCGACCGCGGUCUCCAUGGCACCCACGUAUGGCCCUUCCAGACACACACAGAGAAUCUUUGAGACGUUUCACAAGCGAUAGAGACGCCCAGUCGCUUACAAGCACAAGCUCUAUGAAGAGAUAGGAGCUUCACAAAAUAAAUUCCAUAUUUUUAUUUUUCAUGCACUUAGUCCACAUGUAACAUUACAAUCCUUUAUGACAUAGAGGUCAGAUGAACUUUGGAAGAGCAAACCCUUGUGUGUGCAUCUUAUCUUUUGUCGAUUUUUAGUUUUGAGGAGAGAUAUAAGUCUUUAGUAUUGAAUGAAUUGGAUUUUCUUUUGCAUCUCUUUUGUAUACAUAUAUAUAUACAGUUUUUUUUUACGCUGCUCCUUGAAAUCCUAACCUCAUAAGUCCACAUAAACGGCUCCCUUUAUCCAGGGUUUGUACAACUUUGAUUCUUAAUUCUCUCAAUGUUGUGUUUUCUAAUAAAAGAGACUGAAAAUUU